AUGAUGGACACCGCCGCUCCAGCCUUCGACGCAGACGUUGGCCAUAAGGUUGAAUACAAGAUUCGUGACCUUGGAACACGCUCCGUUACCCUCUUUCCCACCCAAGCACAGGUGAAAAGAGAAAUCAAGGAUGUGCCUCUUAAGCCUGGAAUCAACGAGAUAUCCGUUGUCGGGCUGAGCCCAACCAUUGACAAGAAUUCGGUCACCAUUGAAGGCAGCGGUGCCGCUACCAUUACGGGCAUCAGUGUUGAAUUUCUCCCCAACCGCGAACUUUUUGAGGAAGUCUAUCCAAAUUCCGAUGAUGAUGAUUCAGACAGUGGCGAUGAAGAAGAAGAAGAUGAAGAAGUUGAAACCCCCGAAGUGCCACACUAUGGGCAGUUGCUGGAAACCAAGGCGAAACUCAUCGAGCUCAAAGACGAACAGCAGCGAGCCAGAGAAAUUAUUGGGAAUGCCGAUGAGCGUAUCAAGGUCCUUGAUAUAUACUCCAAGUCUCUAGAUAAGAGAGAGGGCGUUGACAUUAGUGAAGUGCUUGACACUUAUAAGCAAGAGCACCAAAAAGCUUUCGAAGAACGUCUAGUCGGCGUGCAGAGAGAGCGGGAACUCACGGAGGCCAUCAACAAGGCUACCAAGGAGCAGAUGCGCUUGAAUAAGCUUGGAAACAAGGUUCAGAAGAAGGAGGCUAAGCACAAGGCCAGAAUCCAGAAAGCCGUCCAGAAAAGGCUUGAACAGCGCCAGAAGCGUCAAGAGGAGAAGCGUAAGGAGAAGGAGCGUAUUCGCAACGAGCGCUCACGUUGCUGGCCGCUCUUCUGCUAUACCGUGCACAUACAACUUGAGGUGAGCUCAUCCUACACGCCAGCUUCCUCUCGCCGGGAAUCAGUAUCCAGCGAGGUUGAACUUGUUCAGCGACCCAGGAGUAAGACUGCAGACCUGGAAGAGACAUCCUCCUGCAACCUUGUCUUGUCAUAUGUCACCAACUCGGCAUUCUGGACUCCGAGCUAUGAUAUCCAACUCUCAACUGUUGACUCCACGGGUAUGCUUUGCUUCGAUGCCGGUCUGCACAACACAACAUCUGAGACGUGGGAAAGCUGCAAGAUCACGCUGUCGACUUCUCAGGCCACAUCUUCGAGCCUUGACGAGUCGAUUCCCAGUCUCACACCUUGGCACAUCAAACUGGGCAACAAAAAGUCAUCAUCUGACGAGAGUGGUGCUUUUGAAAGUGUGGUUGAACUUCAGCAACAGGCCACAUGGCGCAAUAAGAAACAAGUACCACAGCAGCCUCCUAACUUCAGGCGCGAAAUGUUUGGGCUUCCAGGCCAAGCUCUGACUGACUAUCAGAUGCAGUUGAUGAUGUUGGAGCAGCAGAACAAGAAGAGACUGAUGAUGGCUAGACAGGAGCAGGAUUCCACGGUUCCGCCUGCUCCUCAUCCUUUCCCUCCCCCUCCUGUUCCUAGCGCUGCGAUGAUGCAGCAGCAAGCGCAAGCUCAAGCGCAAGCUCAAGCGUCGCAGAUGUGGCCAAUUCCGGCACGCACGGUGAUGCUCCAGAACCAAAUGAUACAGCCCCAACAGAUGCAGCAGCAGCAACAGCAACAACAAUUCCCAGGAAUGCCACAGAUGGACUUUUCCUCUAACUUCGACUUCGAUGCCUUUCUAGACGAAGAUACAACUAUGACGGAUGCUCAGCCAUCCCUCGAAUUCCAGAAUUCUCUUGUUGAAGAGACCGGCUUCACCACAACCUUCGAUCUCCCCGGCCUCAAGACUCUCGUGCCCAAGUUCACCGUUUCGAAGCAACGUGUUGCUCGCCUGCAGUUUACCAAUGUUCUGUUCAGCCACACUAUUGUGGCCAAAUAUCAGCCGGUGGCUUAUCUCAAAGCCAAGCUCAAGAACAACAGUAAACUUACGUUACUCCGCGGCCCUGCGAGCUUGACACUUGACGGUAGCUUCAUGGGGCAGAGCAAAAUUCCUCGAUGCAGCUCCGGUGAAGUCUUUACUCUGAGUCUGGGCGUGGACUCGGCGAUCAGAGUCAUUUACCCGAAGCCUGAUGUCCGAAGAAGCACGAGCGGAGUGUUCAGCAAAGAAGAUAGCUCUGUCUAUGUUCGCACUGUCACAGUCCACAACACCCGCGUAACUGCCAAAAAACCCAUUAGCCUUCUGGUACUGGAUCAAAUCCCUGUUUCAGAGGACGAUCGCCUUCGAGUUGAGUUACUCAGUCCUCGUGGUCUGACUGUCGAAGGACCGCGUCAGGCGACUGGCGCUCCUGGACUUGAUACUGCAGAGGAUAAAGACUGGGGCAAAGCCAUGGCAGCUAUCAAAAAGAGCGGACAAGUUUCGUGGGAGGUCUCGUUGAACGCAGGUAAGGCCGUAAAACUGGGACUCGAGUACUCAGUUUCAAUGCCAAGCGGCGAUGUUGCUAAGGAAUGUUGA